AUGUCGGGGUGUGCUUUGUGCCACUGGGGAACACCAAAGGCUCUCUUGGCCGGCGCGGCGGCUAGUGGGCUCGACCCCGCGGACCUCAGCUCGCCCCGCCGGCCUUCUCGGCCGGGCUGCCCGGGCGCUGACUACAACUCCCAUCGUACCCCGCGGCACCGAAGGCCCAUAGAUCGGCGCUGCGCGCCGCUUGGCAUGCCGGGAGCCGCAGUCCUCGCCCCUUUCGCCGCUGCCGGGAAAAGCCAAAUGAAUAUGGGUUGGUGGAUGGUUAUUCUUCAGCCUCCAAGGGAUGGCUUGAAGUUUGCUGUCUUAGGUUCAAAUCGGGCCAUUUUCAGGUUUGAUCCAGCAGAUGAAGAUACAAGAAAGAAACUAUGUGAGGGAAUUCUAAACAUCCUUGAAAAAGACACGAAGACUUCAUGUCAAGUUGCCUGCCUGGAGGCCCUCCGGAUUCUCUCCAGGGACAAGAAGGUUUUAGUGCCUGUAACGACGAAGAGGAACAUGCAGAUCCUUAUGAGGCUAGCAAAGCUGGACACUGUUGAAGAUCCUUUGGAGAGAGUGUCUGAAUUUCCUGUUAUAGUAGAAGCUUUAAAAUGCCUCUGUAACAUUAUUUUUAACAGUGCUGUUGCACAGAAGCUCAGUUUGGAACUGAAUCUUGCAGCUAUGCUCUGCAAACUUCUGGAAAAAUGCAAGGACCAACAGUUUGUUGAUGACAUUAAAUGCUUUGAUUUGCGUCUCCUCUUCCUCUUGUCACUUCUGCACACAGAUAUCAGAUCGCAGUUGCGUCAGGAACUACAAGGGGUGGAAGUUUUGACUCAGGCUUUGGAAAGUUCCCUGAGUGUAAGAUGGACAGAAGAAUAUAAAGCAGCGGAAGAUCGUGACAGGCCUCCUUUAUCUUUGCAAGAGACAGAUUGUGCCAUUGAGGCACUAAAGGCUCUUUUUAAUGUAACACUUGACAGCUGGAAUGUCCACAGCAAGAAUGAAUCUCAUCAAUUUCGUUAUAUGGCUGCCAUCCUUCGACACUGCUUAUUAACCACGGGCCCUACUGAAGACAAAACUGAAGAGUUGCACAGCAAUGCAAUCAACCUCUUAAGCAAUGUUCCCGUUUCUUGCUUGGAUGUUCUUAUUAGUCCAUCAUCCCAAGAGGAAACAGAUAUAAAAUACAAUGGUAUGAAUAUGGGAGCAAUUCAAGUUUUACUGGAUUUCAUGGAGAAGAGAAUAGACAAGGGAAGCAGCUAUAGAGAAGGUCUGACUCCAGUUCUCAGUUUAUUAACUGAAUGCUGCCGAACUCAUAGGAAUAUCAGGAAGUUUAUCAAAGCUCAGGUAUUGCCUCCGUUAAGAGACGUAUCAAGUCGUCCAGAAGUUGGCACAACAGUGAGAAACAAGCUUGUGCGCCUUAUGACACACGUAGACCUUGGAGUCAAGCAAAUUGCAGCAGAAUUUCUUUUUGUUCUUUGCAAAGAGAGAGUGGACAGCUUGCUAAAAUAUACAGGCUAUGGUAAUGCAGCAGGAUUGCUGGCAGCAAGGGGCCUGUUAGCUGGAGGAAGAGGAGACCACUGGUACUCAGAUGAUGAAGAUACAGAUACAGAAGAAUACAAAUCUGCAAAGCCAAACAUUAACCUUAUCACUGGUCACUUAGAAGAACCAAUGCCCAAUCCGAUGGAUGAAAUGACGGAAGAGCAAAAAGAAUAUGAAGCUAUGAAGCUUGUCAACAUGUUUGAUAAACUUUCCAGAGAUGAGCUUAUAAAACCAAUGGGAGUGCGGCCGGAUGGUACAAUGGCUCCUUUGGAAGAAGCAGUCAGCCAGUACCAAACCAACAAGCAAGACAGUUCAGAUUCAGACUAAAGCAUCACCUGCUUCACUCUCAAUUCUCCUCUAAUCCACACUUUUCCUUAGAGCCACGACAUCUUUUAUCUAGGCGUUUUAUCCUCACAUUAGCCAGCAUCACUUUAACUGCUCUGUUUUUAAAUGAUGGGUCCUGUGGUGUAAUGUCUGAAUUUUUUUAUGUCUGUUUAAAGAACGUAUCAAUUUAUUAG